AUGUCUGCUCCCCAAAUUCCAGAAACUCAAAAGGCCGUUAUUUUCUAUGAAAACGGAGGCGAGCUGCAGUACAAGGACAUCCCUGUCCCAAAACCAAAGCCAAAUGAGUUGUUGAUAAAUGUAAAGUACUCUGGUGUGUGUCACACUGACUUGCACGCCUGGAAGGGCGACUGGCCACUAGACACCAAAUUACCUCUAGUUGGUGGUCACGAAGGUGCUGGUGUUGUUGUUGGUAUGGGCGAGAGUGUCAGAGGCUGGAAGAUCGGUGAUCUUGCAGGUAUUAAGUGGUUGAAUGGGUCCUGUAUGUCCUGUGAGUACUGUGAAAAAUCUAACGAAUCGAACUGCCCAGAGGCCGAUUUGUCCGGUUACACUCACGAUGGUUCUUUCCAACAGUAUGCAACUGCCGAUGCUGUCCAAGCCGCUAAGAUCCCAGCUGGCACCGAUCUAGCUGAGGUUGCCCCAAUCUUGUGUGCGGGUAUCACUGUUUACAAGGCUUUGAAGUCUGCUAACUUGCAAGCUGGUGAAUGGGUUGCCAUUUCCGGUGCUUGUGGUGGUUUGGGUUCGCUAGCCAUCCAAUACGCCAAGGCCAUGGGUUACAGAGUCUUGGGUAUUGAUGGUGGUGAAGAGAAGGCCGAAUUGUUCAAGAAACUUGGCGGUGAGCACUUCAUCGACUUUACCAAGUCCAAGGACGUUACCGCUGAUGUCAUCAAGGCCACCAACGGUGGUGCUCACGGUGUCAUCAACGUGUCUGUUUCCGAAGCUGCCAUUGAGGCUUCAACCGAAUACUGUCGUGCGAACGGUACCGUUGUUUUGGUUGGCUUGCCGGGUGGUGCCAAGUGUAAGUCUGACGUUUUCAACCAUGUUGUGAAGUCUAUUUCCGUUGUUGGUUCCUACGUUGGAAACAGAGCUGACACUAGAGAGGCAAUUGACUUCUACGUCAGAGGAUUGGUGAAGGCUCCAAUCAAGAUUGUUGGCUUGUCUUCAAUACCUGAAAUCUACGAGAAGAUGGAACGCGGUGCCAUUGCCGGCAGAUACGUCGUCGAUACUUAUAAAUAA